AUGGACCAGGUGGCAGCCCAGCGCGCUACCAUCUGUAACGCCAACAGCACUUGUCUCGCUGAUAUCCGAGCCGCCAUCGCUGCCAACAGCGGCAACGCGCUGGCUGGCCUUAUUGGCAGCAAGCUCGGAACGACUUCCGACACCAUGUUCAACGACGACUACUGCGGUUCGUGCACCUGGAAGAGUGCCAUCCCGCCGAACGACGGCUUCGACAAGACCUUCCGGGCCGGCUCCUCCCACUGGGGUAUGAGCGGCCUGACCCAAAACUUGGGUAUGGGUACAUGCUGCCAAUCCAACUUGGAGGUGCACACCGUCGCGUACUUCGGAAUGGGACUGUACAACAACUUGUUUACCUCUUCUUCGUUCUACUUCAACAUGAUGCUGAUUAAUAUUAAUGUGUCUUAGACUUUCUGCUGCUUCGAUCUGUUGAAUUCCCUCAUUCUCUUGUAUGUUAGCUUGUUAUCAUAUGAAUGAUGUCAAUGAUCCUCUCUUCGUCUUGUUCUCUCCAGUUUAGGCGUUUUCUUCUUCAUCAUCUUCAGGUAUGAUACCCCUGGUCAACACCCGAACAUCACUUUGGCUUGCCGUGCCAAGAAUGGUUGCGUCGAUAUGAACAACAACGCCACCACCGUGGUUACCGGACCGGCGCCCUACUACAAGACCAUGGCGGGUGUCGCCAGCACUAAUCUGACCAUGCCAUACUGGGCCCACGGUGUGCUUCCCCCAGAGUCCGCUUCCAACGCUGCUUUGGCUGGUAUGUGCCUUGGCGGUGCCUCCUGCGUCCGAACAGCCUACUCCGGCGCUGCUGGUGGAACCCUCGGAUUCGGAGGCAGCUUCGUCGCCGCCUGCGCUGCUUUCGAUGCUGUCCCGACUACCUGCAUGAUGGGUACGUACAUUCCUAAAUCUACCUGUUGCAGUUGCUCCUGUGAUGUCGAUGUGUGAAUCCAUUUGAAUUUUCUUGUGACGAUCGAAUCUACGUCUUUUGAUCAAAUGAAACAAUUUCAUGGAACUGCCUGUUGUCUCCCUGUAUUUACAAGAAAAUGAAAUGACAACUCAUCGCUUUCAGGUACAUUCAAGAUCUCCAGUUUCGCAAACAAGGCGUGCAUGGCCACGAACAUUAUCGCUGCCGCGGCUAUGGCCGGCAAGACCUCUGCUGAGCGUGCCGAAGUCGGUCUCACGGACUGCUGGGGUUGGGGAGGUGCCGCUUCCAGUGUCGCCGCCGGCGCCUGGUCCAGCGGCAACCCAGCUUGCGAGUCUGACGGCUACACCCCGAAGGCCACCGUCGUCGCGGAUGCUGUCACCGUCCUGUGCGCUGACUCCACCUCCAAGAACGCCAUGGUCGCUGCAGUCGAUGCUGACGCCCACCCGCUCGCUGCGGCCAUCUCCACCUACAUGAACAGCACCUUCGCGUGCCCGAUUCCGACCACGAUUGCGCCGACCACGCUCACCCCGACCACGCUCGCGCCCAACGGAACCACCGCUGCUCCAAUUAUGUCAUGUAAGUAACUAGAGUGAAUCUAAGUGAUAAAAAUCUCUUCGUCAACUCAACAUCAAAAUGAUCAAUCCUUUACCAAGUUCUAGUUGUAGAACUUUCCGGUGUAGCAAUCGAAAUCGUUUACGCUAAAGACCUCUAAAAUAGAAUUUCCUCUAAUUUUUCCACUGCUACUCCGACGACCACCGUCGCCUCGGUUACCAAGCACGAGACCGCCGUCGCUGUGGCCGUGGACUUGCCGGCUACCAUGAGCGUCGACCAGAAGACCACUGCCAAGACCUCCAUCCAGACCGCUGUCCACAACAAGUGCUGCGCACCGCUCGUCGGAGCUUGUAUUUACAACCGUGAUCUAAUCAUCAACUUCUUUGUUUGAUUUUGACACCAAGACUGCUUUGUUGCUAGUCUGCAGGUUCAUGUCUCGUUUUACGAGGACUUUAUAGCACGUCCUCAUAGAUCGAAGAUACGUACUGGAGGUUAGACACUACGUAUCUUGUUCUAAUAACUCCUGCUUUCCUUAAUAAAGGGCUUAUCCUCAUCAAUUAGAAUCUUCUAGAACGAUUGUGGGCUAUCAUCGUUCAUGAAUCUAAACCUGAAUCAUCUUCACUCCAAAAUUACAGCCCCGAAGCCGUUCUCCACUUUGGCCAACUGUAAGAGCGUUGCCGGUGAAGGCGGUGCUACCACCGCUGUUGCCAUGACCUGGUCCGGUGUUCUCUCCGGCCGUCUGCGUGUGCUCGCCGCUGGUAGCGGUAGCGGUACCUUCACCGUUGAGUCCGCCACAGCGGCUGCCAUCGACGGCGCCAAGGACUUGAUGGUCGCGGCUUCCAACAGCACCUUGACCACCUCUUCUUUGGCCUCUGAAAUCGUCUCGCAGUUGACCACCGAUUUCGCCGGCACGAACUUCUCCAGCUUCAACUUUACGGCUUCCGUCUCUUCCCUGACCGUUCCCACCACCACCGUUACGGUCACCGCUCCGCCAGCCCCCGCAGCUGCCUCCAGCGCCAACACCCUGUCCACGAUCUUCUCGGCUGUCUUCGCUCUCUUCGCCAGCAUGCUCUUCAUGUUCUAAGUCGGUAUUGCUGAAUAUCCGAUGUGGAUUGAAGAGUUCUGUGAGAAGAUGAUGAGAGGCUGUAGGAGAAUGUUGACCAGCACGACCUUUUGUUUGGGUCAAGAGGGGAUGGAUACACAAUACAUCAAAGGAGUUUUGGUUCUUUGCUUCUAGCUACGUAGACGUUUUAUCAUGAUCAUGUCUACUUUUGAAUUUCUCGAAAUGGAAUGCGUUUGCAUAAUUAACCUUUUUUGGCUAUUUGAUCUGGUCAUGCUCUUGUUGAUAAUGAUCUUUUUAGGCCACGUAUGAGGACGACCAGAACAAGUAGUGAAUUUCCGUCGUGUUUCGCUUCUGCUCUCGUCAAUCUCAAAAAUCUCUUUUACUUGCGUUUCUGCCAUAUCAUACUCAUUACACGUAGCAGCGUGCUAGGACAUUCUUUUUGUGAUAAUGUCGACACCAUAUUGGGCUCGCACUCCAAACACAAAUACAAGGUGUGAAAAUGACGUGGAUAUUUAUGGGUUGAGUAGCUCUUUUGCCUAGUAUUGACUGCAACACUCUAGGAAACAAGUGAAACACCAUCGCCCGUUAGCCUUGUUGUGUUGGAAGUGUUUAUGUUUAUCGUAUCGAACGCUAACGUAGUCAGAGCCUCGCGAAACGCCAUAUAGCUGCUCUUAUAACCGGCACUCAUUUGGAUUCUCAUCCAAUUAUGUGAUCUGCAGACGAAAGUAAGAUAUUCCUGAACACGAAGAACGUCUUACUUCUCGCUCUCGGUUUCAUCCUCUCUCUCAUUUAACUACUCCGUCUGACUGAUACCGUAGACAUGUAGUAGUGGAAGCAUUGAAUCCUCCUCUAGGUGUAGCCCUAGGAUCGGGAAGAUAUCUGCUUUUUGAGAGCAUAUACCAUACCAACAUAGUUGUUCUCACGACUUACGUAGAACACCCUCUCAUUGACGAGAGCAACUUCUAUCUGAAGACCUUUUUUUUGCAUUGGUUAGCAUUUGGUACUACAGAUUAGUCGUUGGCCGUUAGGUAUCAUCCUAUUUUUGAUGCGCCUCUACUUCGGUAAAAGGAGAACUUGUUUCUAUACUUCUGUGACCUUUUUUCGUCCCUUGUUCUCGUGGAUUCUUGGUCGACCGGUAGAUGGCAUGCAUCCGCUUCACCUCUCCCCGUGAGCUUCUCACUCGUGUAAGAACACAUCUUCAUCGUCUACAGGUACUAUAUCCAGCGUAACUAGUAAAGUUGACUACUAGUAGUAGCUGCACUUGCCAUUGCCUAGUGAUUUCGAGGCAGUAUCCUCGUAACUCGUCGAGAUUGACCACAGAUGUACCCAAGAUGUUUCUUCACGUUUGAAUUCUGGCGCACAUCUCACUCCGAGUGAUGCAUCCAACAUUGCUUAGUUCAUGCAUCCAUACUUCAUGCACAAUGGCGACGGCUUUCCAGCAUCCAGCAUGCAGAGCGCUACCCAUGAGAAGGGGCCAGUCAGUCGAGGAUGAUCUUGGCACAUUGUUGAUGGAU